UCUUUCAUUUUUAAUUCGGUUCCUUUACGGUUAAGUCGGGAUGGUGGUUCCGAGGUAGUUCAACCGCGCCUUUGUGGCUGCCGGUAUUUCUUCUACAGUAUCUCGCUCUACCUGAUAAGUAGGGGGGGUGCGCUCAACGGCUGUUCUUCUGGAUGGAGAAGCUUGAACAGGCUUUGAAUUACAAUGAGCAAACGCAAGCUAAAGGAGGAUAGCUUUACAAAUCAGGAAUGUAUCUCAAAGGUACAGAGAACAUUACGUGAAAGAUUUUGUCUUCAGAAUCCAAAUGGAAAGUUGUUUGGAAUGGAGCUCCAAUACAAACAUUUACUUGAGCUACUAAAACGUACUGCUAUCCAUGGUGAAAGCAAUUCUGUACUCAUUAUUGGACCUCGGGGCUCAGGAAAGACUCUGUUAACAUGUCAUGUCUUAAAAAAACUCAUGGAAGGAAAACAAGUAAGGGAUAAUACCUUACAAGUUCAUUUAAAUGGGUUAUUGCAGACCAAUGAUAAAAUUGCUCUUAAGGAAAUUACAAGACAGCUAAAUCUGGAAAAUGUGGUUGGAGAUAAAGUUUUUGGAAGUUUCGCGGAAAAUCUCACAUUUCUUCUUGAAGCAUUAAAGAGAGGUGACCGUGCUCACAGUUGCCCUGUGCUGUUCAUCUUAGAAGAGUUUGAUCUGUUUGUUCAUCAUAAGAACCAGACUUUGCUGUAUAACCUCUUUGAUAUAUCCCAGUCAGCACAGACACCUAUAGCUGUUGUUGGUUUGACUUGUAGACUGGAUAUUCUAGAACUCAUGGAGAAGAGAGUGAAGUCAAGAUUUUCUCACCGGCAAAUAUACUUAAUGAAUUCAUUCGAUUUUAAUAAAUAUCUGAAUAUUUGUAAAGAACAGUUAUCCCUGCCUCCAGAAUUUCCAGAAAAGUCCUUUACUCAGAAAUGGAAUAAGAACAUACAGUCUCUCUUAGAAGACCCAAAGGUGCAAGGUGUACUGCAAAAUCAAUUCCAUCAUAGUAAAGAUCUGCGGUCUCUCUUCAAGUUGUUGAUGCUUGCUUCAAAUAGUAUAACUGUAUCUCACCCAUAUAUUAAUGCAUCAGACCUUCUUGAAUCAGGGAAACUCUGCAGAAUGGACUCUAAAGCAAAUAUUCUGCAUGGUCUGUCUGUGCUGGAAUUCUGCCUCAUAAUAGCUAUGAAACAUUUAAAUGAUACUUAUGAAGAAGAACCGUUUAAUUUUCAGAUGGUUUAUAAUGAGUAUCAGAAGUUUGUUCAGAGGAAGGCACAUACAGUGUACAGUUUUGAGAAGCCUGUUGUUAUGAAGGCUUUUGAACACUUGAUGCAUCUUGAGUUGAUAAAACCUGUAGAAGGACCCUCUGUGUGUGCACAGAGAGAAUACUUGCUAAUGAAACUGCUUUUGGAUAACAGUCAAAUUAUGGAUGCUCUGCAGGUUUACCCAAAUUGCCCAACAGAUGUCAAACAAUGGGCAACAUCUUCAGUUAAUUGAUUUUGGACUUGGAACUUUUGAUUGACCUCCUGAAAGUGACACUUGAUUACUUAUUAACCAGAUGACAAAUCAUUGUUACCAAUUGAAAUAUGCCCUUUUAAAAUAAACAAUGUUUUUCUUCGUCUACGCAAUGUACUUGACUAAAACGUGUAGCCUUUUUUUCUUUGCUUUAUUUGUUAAUGGUCCAAAGAAGUGAAUUUCAGUCUGCACAGAAAUGAAUAUUACUAAUUUGGGUCCAUUAAUUUCAAGGGAUCUGCUCUGAAUGACAUUGCGUACAGCUCUGUUUAGAUAUCUCUGUCAUUGCCUAGUCUAUGUAUAAAGGAAAAUGUUGCUGUUUUAAGACAGCAGAGGGAAAUAUUCUCUAAUCAUGUCAGUCUUCUGCUGUUUUAAGGCAGCAGAGUCUUCUGCUAGAUUACCAGCCAUGUUUUGUUAAACUUCAGUAAAACAGUGUUUUUUCUUAAUGUA